AUCUCGCAUUUGUCACAUUUAUUUGCUUUAGAUCAUUCACCACCAUUAAUCUCGCUCUGUGUCUCCAGUCGUAGUCAGAGAAAGACUCCUUUAUCCCAGAAUGACUUCUGUUUAAUCUCGUGUUUAGCUUUUUGCUAAUAAUUGAGAGCUUGGUUCAGUGGGAUGAUGGGUAUGAAGAAAUUCAUGGUGCUGAAAACCCAGUUUGAUUAUAUUAGCAAACGCCUUUCAAGCGGAAACAUGCUUGGAGUGAUUGGUUCUAUCUGGGUUUUUGUCUGCAACUACUUGUUCUUUGUGUCUGGAUUCAUUAGUAGAUACAUACUCAUCAGAUUUCAGGAACAUGAUCACAGAAAUCAUCACCCUGUUGUUUGUUUGGAGCAUGAUCAUCAAUUUGAUGCAAAUAGAGAAGAAGAAGAAGACUUGUCUUUGGAUUCUCCUAGAAGAAUGAAUGAUGAUCAAAACAGAGCGGAAACAGAGGAUUCCGAUCAAAACAGAGCGGAAACAGAGGAUUCGGAUCAAAACAGAGCAGAAACAGAGGAUUCCCGUCUUGUGAAGACUGUCUCAGCUGUAAGCACCGAUUUAUAUGAGUAUACUUCUAACAGAGCUAUCAAUGGCUACAUGGAAGAACCAAAAUCCAUGAGCUUUACUGUGCAAGAAUUCUAUGUUGAUUGGGGCAGUUCUAAAUUCUCUGAUUAUCAAAUUCCUAUUAAAGGCGCAGAGGAUGAUGAUGCUGAUCAUGAAAAAGCAGUGGAGUCUAUUGAAAGCGUUGAGGCCUCAGAGAAUGAAGCGUACAAGAAUCCAGUCACAGAUCAAAACCCUAUCGAGGAAUUUAGUACCAGGAAGGUUUUAGAUGCUGAAAUUGAGGUUGAAGAAGAUAAUUGCUCUGUAGUUUCUGAUUCGAAACAAGACCCAGUUAGCUCAAGAAAAGAUCAAGACGUGGGUUCACUUAACUAUCAGUUCUUGAUAUACAGAAAUGUGGUUCAGUAUGAUGAGGGACUUGAACCUCAAAGCUCUGGGUUUCAGUAUGACGAGGAAGAUGAUCAUAGAGUCCACUUUGAUAUGGAAGAUGAUCAAUUGCUUGAUGUAAGUAUCCCAGAUGGAAAAGCAGUUGUUUUUUCCGAUCAGCGCGAUGGUUCCGGAUCUUCUGAUGAUGAAUACAUUGAAUUGUUAGAGCCCCAGUUGAGAAGUUAUAGUCAACAACUUGAUCAAGUUGAGGAGAAAGGUGAACAUAAAGAAGAAUUAGUCCAAGUUGAAACACAAGGCACUAGUCCACUAGUGCAAUCUGCAGAAACACAAGGCACUAGUCCACUAGUGCAACCUGCAGUAGAAGAAAAUGUGUUGCAGCAAACAAAGUCUGGAUUGGUUUCGGAUGAUGAAAACGAUUUGGAGUCUUAUGAGGAGCAUGAUCUAAUUGAACAGAUUAAAAGGGAAAUUAAGAAUGUGAGAACAGGAGGGCUUCCCACUAUUUCAGAAGAAGAUCAUUCAGAAUCUACAAAAAUGGUGGAGAAUCUAAAGCUGAAGCCACUGAAGAUUGAUGAAAAACUUGAAUACAAAGAUCGAAUCGCAGAGAUUCAGAAGGUCUACAAAAGCUACGCCGAGAAAAUGCGAAAACUGGACAUCUUGAACAACCAGACCAUGCAUGCAAUCGGUUUUCUGCAGCUGAAAGACCAAGUUAAGCCAAUUUCAUUGCAGAAGUCUUCCAUUAAUCCAAUCAUGAAGUCUCUUCUUUCACAAAAUAUGUUGAGAUGUAGAGCCCAAAGACGACCCACAGUUGACCCUUUGCCGAAAUUUGUAGGAGACUUGCACAAGGACUUGGAGUUGGUGUAUGUUGGACAGGUUUGCCUCUCUUGGGAAAUUCUCCACUGGCAGCACAGAAAAGCCCAAGAGCUGCGGCAAUAUGAUCAUCAUCACUAUAAUGCUGUUGCCAAUGAGUUUCAACUGUUUCAAGUGCUUCUGCAAAGAUUCAUAGAAGACGAUCCAUUUCAAGGCCCCCGAGUGCAGCACUAUGUCAGGAACCGAUGUGUCCUUCGUAGUCUUCUUCAAGUUCCACCCAUAAGAGAUGAUUGUAGGAAGGAUAAGAAACAUGGAAUGGGAGGGGAGGAGGAGGAUUUGAUAAUCUUAAGUGAAAUGCUGGUGAAAAUCAUUGAAGAAACGAUGCAGAUAUAUUGGAAUUUUCUUCGCAGUGAUGAGAAAAAUGUGGUCUUGAAGACCUUUCAAGAAAGCCAGGUUGAGCAUAAGGAUUUGGAGCUGCUUAUAGACAUCCGGAGAGAUCUUCAAAAGAAGGAGAAAAAACUCAGAGACAUACAGAGAAUCGGAAAUUGUGUAGUGAGGAAGUUCCAAAAGCAGCUUCAAGAUCAAGACAGACUUGAUCAUUGUUUGUUUGUGGCUCAAGUUGAACUGAGGUUGGUAUUGAGAGUGCUGAAUAUGUCGAAACUAACAUCAGAUCAGUUAGUUUGGUGCCAUGAGAAGCUAGACAACAUCAAUUUUGUUCACAGAAAGGUUCUUAUGGAGCCUUCGUUUCUUCUUUUUCCAUGUUAACAAAUGCCAAGCCGAAUGUACGUGCGUGGUGGUUUCCUGACUUGUAGAUGUAUAUACUUUCAUCUUGACACAUUAUUAACAACGGAUAUAGAAAAUAGGAACGGUUUAGACAAGAACAUACAAGUGUGUGUUCACUUUGAUUAUUUCUCAAAUAUAUAUACACACACAACCUUGAAGACUCCACAAAUUUCUCACCAUCUGAAACUUGGAAAUUAUGGAGCAACAACGUCGGACGCUGGAGCUGGAGGUGGUCUCCGCCAAGGACCUGAAGAACAUGAUGAAGACGAACCACCGGACAAGGUGGACGUCUCACUCGUCCUCUCCGUCGUCGUCGUCGACACCAAGAACGGCAAGCAAACAAGGGCAAACACAGUGGUCCGAAACUUAGGCACCCACCCCACCUUCCACUUCCCCAUGCGCUUCCCCUCCACUACUCUCGAUCUACAGUCAAAACUCACCCAACACAACUGCCUCCCUUAAAGUUGAAGCCGAGCUCGUCUGCCGCCCCUCCGGUAGGCCCAAUGGCGAGCAGCUCAGAUUCUCUUAAAAACCCGGGGACAAGUUCGCCGUGCUGGAGUACCCAAUCGGUGCACCGUUGUACCCGCCGGUGCAGCAAAAACCUGAAAGUUCUUGCGGUUUGCGUCAGCGCACAAAUGCCGCCUUCGCUGGUGGCCUUUGCUUUUGAUUCGAUGAACCUAGCCGCG